UAAUAAUAAUAAUAAUAAUAAUAAUAGUAAUAAUAAUAAUAAUAAUAAUAAUAAUAAUAAUAGUAAUAAUAAUAAUAGUAAUAAAUAAAUUAAAUUAGUCCGAUUAGUGUUUCCGUGUGCCAAACCGCGGUGGUUUUCCGUGACAGCAACACUCGACUGGACGCGCGCGCGCAACGGUCGUUCGAGCGUUCCCGAAUUCCGAUCGGUGUACGUACGUUUAUAAUAUUAAAUCGUUUUCCGUUAAUUGAAUGUCGUCGGUCACCGUACGUCUAUGAUGCCCACGAGAACCGAAAACGGCAUCGCCAGACAUCAAAUACUGGCCGCCGUGGAUGUCAUUGUCGGAGAACGCCAAUGGAACUUGGUGCCAUCCUGAUCUAUUAGGCGGACUCGUUCGCCAGGUCCACCGCAACAAAAGUGCUUCCCCAGUGUUUUGUUAAUUCGUUAAAUAGUAUUAAUUAUUAUAUGAUAUAUUGCUCUUUCUGUUUUUUUACCUACCAUAGGUAUCUAGUUGUGUUAUAUGUAUUUAUUUUGUUUCUGUACCUAGACCGAUGAAAUUUGUAAAACAAAUAUUAGUGAGGUUGUGAAAUUUUAGUUAGUAUGUGUCGGUAAAGUGAUAUGUCGGUACGUUUGUCCAGCGGGUGUCUGCCCGCAAAUGGUGAGAAACCACCUGCACCCUCAUCAGAUAAGAUCGAUUCCAAUGGUCAACAGAACAAUUUGCAGGACCAUCAACAACUACAGCAACAACCUCGGAGUAAUAGUAUGGACUAUUUAAACUUCGAGGAGAAAAGACAAAUAAUUGCGUCUUCCUUGUCAUUAACGGAUUUCUUGCACACUAGUGGUACAGCUACUACGCCCACAUCACCAACUACUGGCAAGUUUAUUAUUGCCAAGAAGCAAAAUGGUACAGCACUUCGAACUAAUAGCUUAGGAUCAGGAACACGUACCAGUCCAUUACAAUUAGAUCGAAAACAACCAAGCAAGUUCUCUGCAUUAGGUAAACUUUUCAAACCAUGGAAAUGGAAACGAAAAAAGAAAUCGGAAAAAUUUGAAACAACAUCUAGAAAUUUGGAAAGGAAGAUCUCAGUACGAGCAAAUCGAGAUGAAUUAAUCCAGAAAGGAAUCUUGUUUUUAGAUAGUCCAAUGGCUCAAACACAUACGAUCUCUGAAUCAGAUAAUUCACCCCAACUAAAUCAAACUUCAAGUGGAACAACUACUUGUGUUACCGUCACUUCUAAUAUUGGUUCAUCAUUGCUUUUCCAACAGCAACAAAAUAGAUAUUCUAACCAAUUUAUGAAUGACUUGAACAAAGAUAACAAGACUGAAACGGUGCAAGGCCAUAAUGAGCCAGUAGAAUUAAGUUUUGAGCAGCAGCAGCAGCAUGUUGCUGAACAGCCUAGUAGCUCAAAACCUGAACGACCUAACUCGCUCACGGGUCCUGGUGGCACGCUCACCAGGCGCCUGUUCUGUUACCAUGCACCUAAUCAGUCCUUAUUGGUAGGAUCAGGUCAGUCACCUACGAGACCUCCAAAUUCACUAUUGCCAUCAGGUUGUGAGUCUCCGAAGUUAAAUUGUGAUAGGACAUCUUCGAUGAUUAUGCCUGGACAAAAUAUGUCUCAGAUGACCAGUGGUGUUAGGACAGGAUAUUAUCAUUCCAGCCCUAGGAUGAUGUAUAAUAAUCAUCCUGGGCAUUCAUCAUUAAUGCUUUCUGAUUUACCUGAACCCCCUAUACCGGUGUCUGAAGUUGGCCCAAUACCUCCACCACCCAUGUUCAGCUCACCAGCUCAACAAUCAUACUUAUACCAACAUAACAAUCGUCAAAAUCAUCGUACCAAUGAUAACAAUGACGAGGAAAUGGAAAUGGCAACUAAUGAAGAUGAUUAUGAUGAUGAGGACUAUGAUGAAGAAGAAGAUGAUGAUGAUGAGGAUGAAGAAGAAGUAGAUGAUGAUGACGAUUCUAAUGGAUUUAGAAUAAGAAGUCGUCACAAUUUUCCUAGUCAUAUAGAGCAGAUUCCUGCUAAAGAACCUGUUUUUAAUGCACAACCUCUUAAGUCAGCACUGAAAAAACCAUCUACGCCUAAUCAAAGUCAAGAAUCAUCACAAUUGCUCAACAGAAGGGCUCCACUUAAGCCCAGGAUACGUUUUUGUGGUGCUAAUCGUCCAGUAGUGUUUGGAAUUUCACUACCGUGUUCAUUACAAGAGAAUAAAGAAAAUGCUAGACCUAAUGAGUCUAGUGAUGAUGACAGUUCUGGUGAUGGACCUAUAUUGUACAGAGAUGAUAAUUUAGACAAUCGAUUGGCCGAAAAAAUUGCAAGGAAAGACAGUCUUGCUAUUAAAUUGGCUUUACGUCCCAAUCGACAAGAGCUCAUUAAUCGUAAUAUUCUUCAAGUUCAGAGUGAUAAGGAGCGACAAGAGACAAAAGAAGUGAUUGGUGCACGUCUUAUUAGACGAUUGAGCAUGCGUCCAACCCAGGAAGAACUUGAAGAAAGAAAUAUCUUAAAAAAACAAACAGCUGCGGAAGAAAAAAAAUUAAAAGAAGAAAAGAAACGUAUGUUGUUAAGAAAAUUAAGUUUUAGGCCAACAGUUGACGAAUUGAAAGAAAAAAAAAUUAUUCGAUUCAAUGAUUACAUAGAAGUAACACAAGCACACGACUAUGAUCGACGGGCCGAUAAACCAUGGACACGGUUAACAACCAAAGACAAAGCAGCUAUACGAAAAGAACUAAAUGAAUUUAAAAGCUCAGAAAUGGAAGUGCAUCAAGAAAGUAAACAUCUUACCAGAUUUCAUAGACCGUGAACUUUACAGAUAUUCUCACAUGUCAAAGUUAAAUUUAUAUAAAUAUCUAUAAAAAAAAAAAAGCAAGAA